AUGGGCUAUAUGCAAUGGCUAUACAGCGAUCUUCUAGUUGGACGCUUGGUUACCGGGUACUGGGAGACGAUCGUCUCUAUUGGGCGGCUUCGAAGAAUGGGAAAUUUACUACUAGUUCCGCUUACCGGCUUAUUAUUCCGGCAGAAGAGAUCAACAACUGGGGCCUAUGGAGAAUCAUUUGGAGAUGGCCCAGUCCGCAAAGGGUCCGUCACUUCUUAUGGCUGGUGUCCGUCUAAGGAGGAGUCCGUGCUGCAUGUUCUCCGUGAUUGCUCAGAAGCUUCCGAGGUAUGGAUUCGCCUUGUUCCAUCGCACGUGCAACACAGUUUCUUCACGCUAGAUUUGAAGGAGUGGCUCACUUCCAACUUACUGAACUCUUCCGGGCCUUCUAUUGACGUCGACAAUUGGGAGUGCUUUUUUGGAGUGACCUUAUUGGCAUCGGCGAAAUGCACUGGUGCUUCUAGAGUAUCGCGUCUUAUCCGUUGGGAGGCGCCACCGACGUCUUGGGUUAAAGUGAAUUCUGAUGGGGCUCAUAACAAAUCCUCGGAUACUCAUGGUAGAUGGCUAGGUGGUUUCACGAUGACUAUUGGAUUGUUGGAGCAGAUGGGGGUCACUUCAUGGUCUUCGUAUGACUUGGGAUAUGGGAUAUCGUCAAGUUGCAGUGGAAGCGAAUUUUGCAGCAGAUUAUUUGGCGUCUUAGGUAGCCUCAAGUUCUCUCGAUCAUCAUCAUCUUUUAGCUCCAGAAGUCCGGUGUCAUUCCAUGACUUUUUUCGAUACCAUGAUUAUCGACGAUCCGCCAAGAUGACUUUUUUCGAUACCAUGAUUAUGGCGAUUGGCAUGACUUUUUUCGAUACGGCGAUUGGCGCAAGCAGUUUCGCGGAUGACGACGACCCGACGGAAUUGGCUGCAUACAGCCUUGAGUCACUGGUACCAGUCGGACAAGCGAGAAGGGAAGUCCGGCUUUAA